GGAGCACUAUAUUGAAGCAUGUCUGGAAGCUUCUACUUUGUGAUAGUUGGUCAUCAUGAUAAUCCCAUAUUUGAAAUGGAAUUUUUGCCUCCUGGAAAAGUAGAGUCCAAGGAUGAUCAUCGCCAUCUCAACCAGUUCAUUGCCCAUGCUGCUCUUGACCUAGUAGAUGAGAACAUGUGGCUUUCUAACAACAUGUAUCUGAAGACUGUGGACAAGUUUAACGAAUGGUUUGUUUCUGCUUUUGUCACAGCUGGACAUAUGAGAUUCAUAAUGCUUCAUGAUGUAAGGCAAGAAGACGGAAUUAAGAACUUCUUUAAUGAUGUUUAUGACUUGUAUAUAAAGUUUGCAAUGAAUCCAUUUUAUGAACUCAAUUCUCCUAUUCGAUCCAGUGCCUUUGAGAGGAAAGUACAGUUCCUUGGGAAGAAACACCUUCUAAGCUGAGUAACUAGCUAUCCUGAGUGACUUUUUCCAUACUUACCUGAUGAUUUGUACUGUAGUUCUUCCAGUUAGUUCUCAGCAUGUUUGAUACUCAUCUUUCUGAAGAUUGACAAAUUGGAUGCUGAAGAAGGUUUGGAGUUUUUUUUUCUGAUGUAGAUAAGAACAGCCAAACUUCUCUAGUUAAAAUGUGGAUCUUAAGAAUUUCCUUCUGUGUGUUACAAAAACUAAGUUUAAAAAUGUCAGGGGCUGAAAUGUACAAACUGAGACAUGUAGGUGUCAAUGUGCGUGCAAAAUGGGAGCCUCUUGCACA